AAACUUUGUUAUUGUCAACUUCUCAAACAAUUAUUAGAUACCUACUAUUGUUGUUAUUGUUUUGGUGAAUAACGGGUCAAGUGUGUAUUGUUUUAGAUGGGAUAUUUUAACUUACAACUGGACAUAAAAUGUUAAAAUUGUUAUCAAUUGCUUUUAUUUUGAUAACAAUAAGUGUGUCAAAUGUUAAAGCUGAUUAUGGAAUUGGUGUUGGGCGGGCGGAUGUAACUGGACCUGCAGCGGAAGUUACAUUCAUGGGCUAUGCCCGAAUAGAACAAAAAGGUCAAGGUAUCCAUUUACGUCAAUAUUCCAGAGCUUUUAUUAUCGAAGAUGGUACGGAUCGUAUUGUAUUUGUAUCUGUGGAUGCGUGUAUGAUGGGGCACGCUGUACGUGAAAAGGUUUUACAAAAAUUAUCUGCUCAAUAUGGCGAUUUAUAUACGGAACAAAAUGUAAUAAUUAGUGGAACCCAUACACAUUCCACUCCUGGUGGAUUUUUAAUGGAUUUUCUGUUUGAUAUUUCCACGUAUGGUUUCGUAAAACCUACGUUCAAUGGUUUAGUGUCUGGUAUUUUUUUGAGUAUUAAAAGAGCACAUGAAUCAAUAACACCAGGAAAAAUUUUUGUGAGUUCCUCGGAAAUUCAGGAUGCAAAUAUUAAUCGUAGUCCUUCAGCUUAUUUAAACAAUCCAGAAUCAGAAAGAGCACAGUAUAAAUAUGAUGUCGAUAAAGAUAUUGUCCAAUUAAAAUUUGUUUCGAGUGAAGAACCUGAUCGUAUAUUAGGUGCAAUCAAUUGGUUUGCUGUUCAUCCAACGAGCAUGAACUAUACAAAUCGUUUAAUAUCAUCCGAUAACGUUGGCUAUGCUUCAAUUCUUUUAGAAAAAAAAUUAAAUCCCGACCAUCUAACUGGACGUGGGCCAUUUGUAGGAGCAUUUGCAUCAACUAAUUUGGGAGACGUUUCACCAAAUAUACGGGGGCCACGAUGCCAAAAAUCCGGAAAUGUUUGUGAUAUUUUAUCUAGUAAAUGUAAGGAGUGGGGUGACUUAUGUGUUGCUUCUGGACCGGGUGUCGAUAUUUUCGAUAGUACUCAAAUAAUUGCCAAUCGAUUAUACGAUAAAGCGUAUUUAUUAGGCAUUGAAGUGGCAAAAGAAGUGACGGGACCCUUAAAAAUUAUACACCAAUAUGUUGAUAUGCCAAAACAGAGGCUAAAUAUUACAAAUAGAGCUACAGGUGAAGUCACUCAGAUUCGUGGUUGUUUACCAGCGAUGGGAUAUAGCUUUGCAGCGGGUACAAUAGAUGGACCAGGUCCAAUAUUUGAGCAAGGACAAACUACUGAAAAUGAUUUAUGGAACUAUAUACGAGAUAAAAUUGCAAAACCUACUGCGGAUGACAUUGAAUGUCAUAAUCCGAAGCCUAUAUUCAUUCCCACUGGAAGAAUGAGCUAUCCAACCGAAUGGCAACCUAAUAUUGUUGCAACACAACUGGCGUUAAUUGGAAAUGUGGCAAUAGCUGCAGUCCCUGGAGAAUUUACAACAAUGUCUGGCCGAAGACUUCGUAAUGCAGUAAAAGAAGUUUUAAUUGAAAAUGGCGCUGACGAGGAUGUUCGAGUGAUUGUGGGUGGGUUAAGUAACAUAUAUUCGGACUAUAUUGCAACGCCAGAAGAGUAUCAAAUUCAAAGAUAUGAAGGAGCUUCCACAAUUUAUGGGCCACAUACUUUAACUAUCUACGUCGAACAAUACAAAAAAUUAGCAAACGCAUUAAUGAAGAAUGAAAAAUUGGACGAAGGGCCAUAUCCACCAGAUUUAUCUAAAGAUUUAAUUUCUUUAUUACCACCUGUAAUAGUGGAUAUUGCACCAUGGCGAAAAGGUUUUGGGGAUUGUGUUAAGCAACCAGCCAAGAUUGCUAAACCUGGUGAUGUAGUUAGUGCUUCAUUUGUUUCCGGCCAUCCUCGCAAUAAUUUAAUGCAUGAAAAAACAUUUUUGCAAAUUGAACGUGACGAUGGACAAGACGACUGGAAAGUUGUUGCCACAGAUGCUGAUUGGGAAACACGAUUUAUAUGGCGUAGAAAAAAUGCAUUAUUAGGCACAAGCGAAGCAGAAAUUCAAUGGACGAUUGGACCGAAUGUAAAACCGGGUAUAUAUCGAAUAAGACAUUUUGGAUAUUAUAAAUACAUUCAAGGUGGAAUUUUCGAUUAUGAAGGUCUCUCUGAUAAUUUCGAAGUUAUUUAAGCCAAAGAAAAUAUUUCAAGCAAUUUCUUAAUGUUUCCUUUUCGAAGACUGGUUAGAACUAAGUCAUUAGGGCAUAAUAUUUUUGUAAAUUAUUUAUAGAGUUUUUUUUAUAACAUAACGCCAUUAUAUUCUGUUUAUUCCAAAGAAAUUCUCGCUAUUGUAAAAGAAAAUGUAACAAUAUAUCAUAACGUAACAAAGUAUAUGGAGUGUCUAGAGUUAAGCGCAAUACCGAUUUAUUCAUAAUGGGGAAACCAAAACAUGAAAAUUAUUCUUUUUUGAAUAAACCACGUUACUCGACGAUGAAUUUUUUUUUGUUUCCAUUCGUGAUCAUUCAUUUUAGUUGCAAGGAACAGGAAAAAAAAUUAUCCAAUUGGUUAAAAAAAGAGUUUAAUAUCGGAAAUUUUAUUCCCCCUCCCAUCUUUUGAAAUGAAAAUAUUAUUUUUAAAAAUAGAAGGGUCGAGUACAUAGCUCUGAACAUCCUAUAUGUAUAAUAUUAAGAAAAAAAUUGUGAUAUUUUUUUUCACUAUGCCCAAAGGGCAUGAGAGGAAUACUUAAAUAAAUUAGUAUUGUUUCAAAAAAGUAAAUUAGUAUUUUUUGAAGAAAAGAAAAAAUAACUUUUUAAAUAUU